CCUCAGGUACAAUAGAACAGAACAAACACUGCCCGGUCCUGUGCCAUCCUCAUAAUCGCCUAGGGAGGGCCGACUGUUACUUAUUCUGAUUUCUUUUCUAAUUUUAAAUAUUCAAUCUUGCACCUAAUUUUGUACUCAUUAUACACGACUUUUCACAAAUGUAGAUGGUGAUGAUCAGAAAGGAUACAUAAAUUUCCGAUGUGCACACACAUCAAAUGGAAGAAACCCUAUUUAAAGCCAGGGCUGCCUGAUUCCAAAGUCAGUGCUUUUUCUUCUACAGUGCUCUUGAUAACUCAUUUUCAGAAUUUGCAAAUUAUUAACCUCCUGGGUACAAGUAUGUGGCAAAGUAAAAAUUUUCCAGUCUUAGGUGAGUUUUUUUUCUUUUUAAUUCCUUGUACCACACAGCCUCUGUGUAAUAUGUCUUUUAUUGGCUCUCGUAGGCCAACGACGGGCAAAAACGUUGACAUUCACCUCAGUGAAGCACAAUCUGUAGGUUUCAGCAGAAAUAUGCAGGGAAAAUAACAGACUUGAGAACAGAUCUAUCCUGCAACUCCGAGAACCCGCUUCAAAAGAAGCGACCGAAUUCCAAAUCUCCCUCCUAGUCCAAAGAUAACCCAAACCAAAACCAAACUCUGCCAUCCAGUCGAUUCUGACUCAUAGACCCUAUAGAACACGAUAGAACUACCCCACACAAUUUCCAAGAAUCCGCUGGAUUCAAACUGCCGACCUCUUGGGUAGGAGCCAAACGCUCAACCACUGCGCGACCAGAGGAAUCCGCUAACCCAGCUCUUCUUUUUUCCACCCACUUUUUCUCGUGCCCUCACCAAAGAUGGCACCCCUCGCUUCCUCCCUCCGUAACACGCAAGCUCUGGGAGUCUCUACUAGACCUCUCUAUGGUACAUCCUCCAGCCCCGCCCCCUGCUGUGCCUGGGGUUGGGCUUGCCUGGAGGUGGGGGGGUGGCGGGGGUGCAGGGACCCGGAAAUACCUGAGCAUCUAUAGCUUUAGAGCUUUACUGUCCAGGUGGUGUUUUUUCCGGGCUGGACCCGGUGUCUAGAAUCUAAGGUGUCUUCUCUCCGGGUCUCCUGGGACAGUCCGGCGGUUGCCGCAACCUGAGCCGCAGCCUGUGCCCCGGUGUGGGCCCCCCGAUUGCUUGGGGCCAUGCCCACGGCUGCUGCUCCCAUCAUCAGCUCGGUCCAGAAACUGGUGUUAUACGAGACCAGAGCUAGAUACUUUCUAGUUGGGAGCAAUCAUGCAGAAACGAAAUACCGUGUCUUGAAAAUUGAUAGAACAGAACCAAAAGAUUUGGUCAUAAUUGAUGAUAGGCAUGUAUAUACACAGCAAGAGGUGAGAGAACUUCUUGGCCGCUUGGAUCUAGGAAAUAGGACAAAGAUGGGACAGAAAGGAUCCUCAGGGUUAUUUCGAGCAGUUUCAGCCUUUGGUGUUGUGGGUUUCGUCAGAUUUUUAGAAGGCUAUUAUAUUGUGUUAAUAACUAAAAGGAGGAAGAUGGCAGAUAUUGGAGGUCAUGCAAUAUAUAAGAUUGAAGAUACAAACAUGAUCUAUAUACCCAAUGAUUCUGUACGAGUUACUCAUCCUGAUGAAGCUAGGUAUCUACGAAUAUUCCAGAAUGUGGACCUAUCUAGCAAUUUUUACUUCAGUUACAGCUAUGAUUUGUCCCACUCUCUUCAGUAUAACCUCACUGUCUUGCGAAUGCCCCUGGAGAUGUUAAAGUCAGAAACGACCCAGGCUCGCCAGGAGAGCUUUGACAUCUUUGAAGAUGAAGGAUUAAUUACACAGGGUGGAAGCGGUGUAUUUGGGAUCUGUAGUGAGCCUUACAUGAAGUAUGUGUGGAAUGGUGAACUUCUGGAAAUAAUUAAAAAUACUGUGCAUCGUGACUGGCUGUUGUAUAUUAUUCAUGGGUUUUGUGGGCAAUCAAAGCUGUUGAUCUAUGGACGACCAGUGUAUGUCACCCUAAUAGCUAGAAGAUCCAGUAAGUUUGCUGGGACCCGUUUUCUAAAGAGAGGCGCAAACUGUGAGGGUGAUGUUGCAAAUGAAGUGGAGACUGAGCAAAUACUCUGUGACGCUUCUGUGAUGUCUUUUACUGCAGGAAGCUAUUCUUCUUACGUACAAGUUAGAGGAUCAGUUCCUUUAUACUGGUCUCAGGACAUUUCAACCAUGAUGCCUAAACCUCCUAUUACUUUGGACCAGGCAGAUCCAUAUGCACAUGUGGCCGCCCUUCACUUUGACCAGAUGCUUCAGAGGUUUGGCUCUCCUAUCAUCAUCUUGAAUUUAGUGAAGGAACGAGAGAAAAGAAAGCAUGAAAGAAUUCUGAGUGAAGAACUUGUAGCUGCUGUGACGUACCUCAAUCAGUUUUUGCCUCCUGAACACACCAUUGUUUAUAUUCCUUGGGAUAUGGCCAAGUACACCAAAAGCAAGCUGUGUAAUGUUCUUGAUCGGCUGAAUGUGAUUGCAGAAAGUGUGGUGAAGAAAACAGGUUUCUUUGUAAACCGCCCUGAUUCUUACUGUAGUAUUUUACGGCCAGAUGAAAAGUGGAAUGAACUAGGAGGAUGUGUGAUUCCCACUGGUCGCCGACAGACUGGCGUUCUUCGAACCAACUGUGUGGACUGUUUGGAUCGCACCAACACAGCGCAAUUUAUGGUGGGAAAAUGUGCUUUAGCUUACCAGCUAUAUUCCUUGGGAUUGAUUGACAAACCUAAUCUACAGUUUGAUACAGAUGCGGUUAGGUUAUUUGAGGAACUUUAUGAAGACCAUGGAGAUACCUUAUCCCUUCAGUAUGGUGGUUCUCAACUUGUUCAUCGUGUGAAAACCUACAGAAAGAUAGCUCCGUGGACCCAGCACUCGAAGGACAUCAUGCAGACCCUGUCUAGAUAUUACAGCAAUGCUUUUUCAGAUGCUGAUAGACAAGAUUCCAUUAAUCUCUUCCUGGGAGUUUUCCAUCCCACUGAAGGAAAACCUCACCUCUGGGAACUCCCAACAGAUUUUUAUUUGCAUCACAAAAAUACCAUGGGGCUUUUACCAACAAGAAGAAGUGACUUUAUGCCUAAGACCAUUGGCAUUGAUCCAAGUCCAUUUACUGUGCGUAAACCAGAUGAGACUGGAAAAUCAGUACUGGGAAACAAAAGCAAUAGAGAAGAAGCUGUAUUACAGCGGAAAACAGCAGCCAGCGCCCCACCACCUCCUAGUGAGGAAGCUGUGUCCAGCAGUUCUGAGGAUGACUCUGGGACUGACCGGGAAGAUGAGGGCUCGGUGUCUCAGCGCUCCACUCCAGUGAAGAUGACUGACACGGGGGACAGUGCCAAAGUGAUCGAGAAUGUGGUCCAGCCCAUGAAAGAGGUAUAUGGAAUUAACCUCUCAGAUGGCCUCUCAGAAGAUGACCUCUCCAUUUAUUUAAGAUUUGUUCAGCUGGGGCAGAGUCAACAUAAACAAGACAAGAGCGGCCAGCAGUAUUGUUCCAAGUGCUCAGAGGGAGUUAUAAAAUUAACACCCAUCUCAGCUUUCUCUCAAGACAACAUCUAUGAAGUGCAGCCUCCAAGAGUAGACAGAAAAUCCACAGACAUCUUCCAAGCCCACAUCCAGGCCGGUAAAGGUAUCAUGCAGCCCCUCGGGAAAGAAGAUACCUCCAUGUACCGAGAGUAUAUCAGAAACCGAUAUCUGUGA